AUUCUUGAUCUGUUUGGUGUGGCCACAAAACGUUGUGAUGACUUGGAACAACAGCUUACUCAACUGGAACAGGAGUUAGAAUUGAGUGAUCGAAAAGUGGAAAAUUUUCGAAAUCAGGUCGCUUUACGAGAUGCCGAGAUCGAACGUCUACGAGCACUUUCCGAAGUUGGUCGUCCGUUGGAAGCCCUAGUUCAAGAUCGCACAGAUCGUCAAUCGGAUCGGCUCAUUCAACAGCUACAAAUGCAAGUAGAUUUACUUCAAUCCCGGAACGAGGAGUUAGAGGCUCGAAUGGUCGAGUUGAUGAACCACGAGGCCAGUAAAAUUGUCACUUCCACAGUUGCCGAAUUAGAGCGUCCCACAAAAGCAGUACAGACACUGUCUUGGACAACAAACGAACAAGUUAACGCUUCUUGUCAAACGGAGACUCUGGAUGUACCUCGUCAACAAACAGAGGAAACCACUAUGGAACCGGUUUACAUUGAACAAAUACGGGCCGCUCUGCGUGAGAUCGAGGAUGGUCGUGGAUAUUUGAUGAAACGUAUUGAUGUACUAACGGCACGGGAACGUGAACUGAUCAAAGAGCUUUCUACAAAGGUUAGUGUAUCAAAACCGACUCGCCGCGGAGACAAAGCAUCUCCAAUCAAAACUGUGCUUGAUCAGGCGGUGGAAAAACGAUUGCAAGGAUUGGAAGCCGAUCGUCAACGAUGGCGUUUCGAAGCCAGAAAGGCUCUAAAUGCUCUGCACCAAUUGAUUCGCUAUUCCAAAUUGGAAUUUCUUCCAGAGAAUUUCGAAAACCACUGUUCAGUUGGACUUCAUUAUCAUGGUUCUUGUGAUGCACCGUGCAUCAGCGUAAAGGACCAUCGAGGCUUGGUCUCACAGAAAAGGUCGAUCACUCCACCCGCGAGGCAUAUAGCACAUCUUGACCGCCGAAAUCGAUCUGUAUCGGUUGAUUUACCUUCUUUCCAAAGCGAGACACUUUGCACCCAGCUACGUAACGUGCAGGAGGAACGGGAUCACUAUCGACACUUAUGGGAGGAAGCCAAAUACUCACUUCAACGUCAGCGGCCGUGUAAAAUCCGUCCGAUUGGGUGUCCGCGUCCACAGAAAUGUCAGGUAUUUUUUCACUGA